GUCAUGAGAAGCAACAAUAACACUUCUGUCUCUUAUAGAGGCAUAUGCAAAUGCCAUACCCAUUGAAACUGCUGGUAAGACCUGCACCAGUAGAGUUGCAAAUCAAAACCAGGUGGUUUUUUGUCCCAACACGUUUGGCUGGUUUGCCUGAGGAGCGUUUCAUUACGGAACACUUCUCAGCACGGAAGUGUUGCCCAGAGAAGAGCAGAAAAGACAGCAGCGUUCUCUGAAUGGCCGUCAACCACUCGUCAGGAGACAACAGCAAGGACUUCAGUUGUUCUCUAUCGGGUCCUAAUUUUUCUACCUCCAGUGGAUCUAUUCAAAAGGAGCUGGAAGACCAAAACUUGUGGCCGAGAUCCCUGGCUCGAAAAUGGAUCGUGACGCUGUUUAUGGGGACCUGCCUCCUCUUCUGUGCCAGAAUGAUCAUGCCAGUCUGUGCAGUCUCGAUGGCAGCCACUUUCAACUGGAGUAAAAUUGAUUCUGGGCUGGUCCUGGGUGCAUUUUUCUGGGGUUACUGUUUCACGCAGAUUCUGGGAGGACACGCCAGUGACAAAGUGGGAGGAGAGCGUGUCCUGGCUAUCUCUGCAGCCUCGUGGGCUCUGAUCACAGCCGGCACCCCUCUGCUGACCCAUCUUGGGUCUCACACCCUCGCUGUCAUGACUGUGGCCAGAUUUCUUAUGGGACUGUUGCAGGGUGUUUUUUUCCCGUCGUUGGCCAGCCUGUGCUCUCAGCGUGUUGUGGAAGGAGAGAGAGGCUUUUUAAUGAGCACCAUGCACAGCGGUAGCCAUCUCGGAACGUUGUUAGCAGGAGGGAUGGGUUCCCUGAUGCUCGACCGGUAUGGCUGGGAAAGCAUGUUCUACAGUACUGGUUUCCUGGCAGGACUCUGGGCACUGAUAGUUUGGCAGUGUUUUUUAAAAGGUGACGUUACCUCGAAGCAGAUGGAGACAAGGAAGAAGUCACAGUGGAGUUUAUCAAGAACACACUGGCUGAGCCUGUUUAAGAAGCCACCUGUCUGGGCCAUGGUGAUUACUCACAUGUGCAUGUGCAGCACGUCUUAUACUAUAUUGUCAUGGUCGCCAACGUACUUCAAAGAAUCAUUUCCUCAUGCCUCGGAGGGUGUGUAUAACAUAAUUCCAUGGCUAAUUGCCAUUCCAUCAGCACUUGGAGGAGGGUAUGUUUCAGAUUUCCUCAUCAACCAAGGAUACGAUGUAACCUCUGUGAGAAAGAUAAUGCAGUUUUUUGCCAUGGGGCUAUCCAGUAUGUUUAUAAUGGCUCUGUGUGGAACCAUCUCAUUCCACUCUGCUGUGAUUUUCAUUUCUGCUGCUGUGGGUGUGUCCACAUUCACCAGUGGUGGUGUGUCUGUGAAUGUACAAGAUCUCACCCCAUCAUGUGCAGGUGCCCUCUAUGGUUUUAUGAACAUGAUGGGCGCUUUGAUGGGGCUGGUGUUGGUCUCUGUGUCAGGCUACCUGAUUGAGGUCACCCUGUCGUGGGCCACAGUCUUCUCUGUCAUCACUUUAGUUAAUGUCACGGGUCUUGGGAUCUUCAUCGUCUUUGGAGAUGCACGUCGUGUCGACCUGGAAGUAUACAGCCAGGAGACUGUGCUUUGACCCAGACUGGACAUUACUUUUGCACAAUAGUAAAAGCACAGCUCGGUAUUUAUACAGGAAUUACUGCAGUUUUAUAUACUGUUAAAUUAUAUAUUUUUUGGCACUGUUUUGACACAAGAAUCACAAUUUUGCUGAAUAUACAAGUAUGUGGAAAUACUGCGGAAUUUGAAAUGAAGUAACUUAAUUAUUCAAUAGUUCUGAUGAUGUGUAAAUCACUCACCAUCUGCUAAAUGUGGACUGUUAUAUAAAAUGUUUAUGAAUAUAUGAAUAUUUAUUAUAGAAAGUAUAAUUUCCACAAAAAUAUGCACAUACAAUGCCUAUACAAAUUGUUCACCCCCCCUUGAUUGUUUUCCUCUUUUAUUGCGUUUCAACAUUGAAUCAUGGUCAGUUUCAUUUAGCUUUUUAGACAAGAACUUGUGAGUGAGUUAACAGCACUUUUUAAGGUCAGCUACAAAUUCUUACUUGGAUUCAGUUCUGAGCUGACUCGGCCACUCCAGAACAUUCACCUUGUUGUCUUUAAACCUGGAAAAUAAAUUUACUCCCAAGUCACA